AUGAACCAGCAAGCGACGUACAGCAACGAUCCGAUGAACGUUCUUGGUGGCAACUUGUUGAUCAACUUUGAUGUCGACAUUCGCGGCUCUAAGCCUGAGAUUCGUAGCAUGGACUACACGAAUGUCAGUGUCGAUGGUGACGCUAUAUACCGCGUCAAAGGUAGUGUCUGCGGUGGCAGCGGUGAAAAGCCAAAGGGGUACAAUUGCCCAUUGAAAGAUGCCAUCGCUGUUGCCAACUGUUUGGAUACUAUGAAGAGCUACCGCAACGGUGCGUGUGUGGCCACAAGUGAUGCCAUCUGUAUCAAAGCCGACGACGCGAGCUGGAGGUGUGUGCGGGAGGACGAUGUACGGGAGGUCGCAGCUGUAAACACUGACACAAGUGCCUCGAGUUCCGACAAAGGGUAUACACGUACGAUAUCGUACGGAGACGACACGACAGCACAUAGUAAGUCAGGAGCGAGUACGGAAGGCGACAGCGUGGGUCUCACUUCAGAGAAUGCAGGGAACGACUGCACGCCUAUAAGCAUCGCAGGUGAUGCCACUUUCUGCAUUUCCGGUACAAUUUGUAGUGGUGACGGCGACCAGCCCGCAGGCGACCGAUGUCCCGUGCAAGGCGACGUUGCAGUCAGCGAUUGUCUUGUCAACCUCCCAAGCUACUUAAAUGGCCAGUGUAUGGCUCCUAUUGACAGCGUAUGCCAGAAAGCUGGCUCGGGCGUCUGGGGAUGCAGCUGGAACGCUAGUGACAAUGUCAAGUCAUUUAGUAUCGAUACUGAAGAAGGCACAGCAGCAGCUACCGAUCGUGAUGACACUGCGAUUGUUGUGGUAGUUGUCGCUGGCAUGGUACUAACAGGCGUGAUCGCCUGUGUCGCCUAUGCAUGGUCUCGUUAUAAACGCUCGAGCUGGAGCGACUCAAACAUUGUGAUGGAUGGAAUAGUCACGCCAUCCAAAUCGGUCCGCAACGAAGUCUUCCGACGUGUGUAG